AUGGAACAAAUCAUGAAGUAUCUCAGAGAUUCGAAGGCUCUGUUCCUGGCCGUGUUCGACUGGAACACUAUGGGAAUCUUCGACUUCACGGGGUAUAGACCUCAAUCACGGACACCUGGCAAUCCAACCUUUACCUCAAUGAGAGAGACCGAAUUUGGGCCCCAUGUCCAUGAAACGCAUCGACUCCUGCUGCUGGGAUUUCUGUUGAAAGCCCUGGAGUGGCAGAGGGCGCGGUAG